CUCGGCAUUGUGGACGCACUACAAGCGACGGCACAGCUGCAACAACAGUUUCGGGCAUGGCAAACAUAACUCCCGAAGACUUGGAUUUCUUCCGCAAGCAGUCUCUCGAUGAGCGUUAUUACGAUCUAGAGGAGGACGAGCUUGCGUUCUUCAAGAGUCAGACCGGCAUACAGGAUGAGGAAGAACUCAAACAACACAUAAUGAAGGUACAGGAGGAUGCGUUCGAGAUUCAUCCGUAUCCGUGCAUUCGACGUUUCGCUUUCACAAAGCUCAAGAUCUCCCGAUUGCCCGCCUAUGAUCAGCUCCUGAAGCUGGGAAAGGAGAGGAAAGGAGCCAUUUUUCUCGAUAUCGGUUGCUGCUUUGGGAACGACGUAAGGAAAGCCGCCGCAGAUGGUUAUCCCGUCCAGAAUGCCAUAGCCUCUGAUUUACAACCCGAGUUCUGGGAGUUGGGUCACCGUCUCUUCAGAGACACCCCCGAAACGUUCCCGGUGCCUUUCAUUCCAGGCGACGCAUUCAACACCUCCUUCCUCAAACCGGUGCCGCCUCUCUACUCACCUCCGGAGACGCCAGUGCCUGCGCUCUCCUCUCUGACCACACUUACUCCUCUCCUCGGUCACGUCUCCGCCAUACACGCAUCUUCAUUCUUUCACCUCUUCGACGAGGCGCAGCAGCUCCAGCUCGCACGAUCCGUCGCAGGUCUCCUUUCCCCCGCUCCCGGAUCCAUGAUAUUUGGCGAGCACGGUUCUCUCCCGGAGAAAGGGUACAGAACGGAGCAGCUUAGGCCGAACGCGAUGCGCGCCUCUAUGUUCUGCCACUCACCCGACAGCUGGAAGGAGAUAUGGGACGGCCAGGUGUUCGAGAAGGGAACUGUGGAAGUCAAGGCGGUCUUGAAGGAGUGGGACAGGGGCAAUCUAAACAUCACACCUGGAGCGAAGGCUUGGAAGAUGGCGUGGUCGGUGACGAGGCUGUAGUGCCGUUGCGAUGACUGGAGGAGAUUGGAUACUGCCGAUGAGGAUGCUUGUCCUCUAACGAUAGAAUGCCUGUGUUCAUUCAGAUGGAUGCUUCGUAAUUAGCAUGUGUAACUCGACUGGGAAUCCUUCCAUUUUCACCUGCAAGCUCCUUGCCAAAAGAUGUGGUGAGUCAAGAAGAGAAUGGAUGGCUUCGCAAAUAGC